AUGGCUGUGCACGUGCGAGGCGAAUUGCCCGGAGGGGGCCGCUGGGGCGCCCGAGGCACAAUUCGCUUGACAAGAGUGCUGUCUCUGCUUGUUGACUUUCCUGAAUGGAGUCCUGACCUAAUUCACAGCCUGUUGAACACUGUUGUCCGUAUUUCGAGUUGGCAUGGUAAUGCAGAUUGGGGUCAGGUAUCUCAGGAAAUGAAGGGCGUGCUCCAGCCAGAUGAACUUGAAUAUUUGUGGAAUAAAUUAAACACAAAAUUGGAGCCUCCAACAUUUCAAGAUGUGCUUGUUUACAUUAAGAGAGCAUUAAAGAAGACUGUACAUUGUGAAAAGUGUCCAGAGGUUGAUGGUCUCCCUAAAUCUUUUUGUUCUCCAAAGGAAUUUUUGAAGAUGGAAUAUACAAAGAAGUUUCCAGAGGAGAGAACAUCGCAGAAACAAUCAUGGCGACGUAAGAGAAAGAUGACACCAACUGAAAAAGCACCUUAUUACGCAGCUUGGAUAGCGGAGAAGGCUAAUUUUGAAUUGCGGUGGAUGAAUUACUUGAAGCAUGAAGAUAGGGAUGAACGUAGUCUUGUCCAUUUUGAAGAAAAGAAAAACAACUCGGAAAACAGAGUGAGAGAGAGAGAAGGAGAGAGAAGACAAAAAAGAAAGGAAAGAAAAAACAACAACGAAAAUUAACAGAAGAAUUGCUGGAAGACCAGAAUCAAUGGAAAAAGUGUAUUGGGGCCCAAGGGAGCUAUUUUGAAUAAUAUUAAACAUUUGUCCUUUUAUUCAAAUUCCGUGAGUUUGGUCACAGAUUUUUUUAAGAGACACUAGUUAAAACAUCUUUUUGAAAUUACUCAUCACAUGAUUUUGAACUUAAAUUUUCUUAUUUUUAAUUACACGAAGUUUGUUUUGUGACGUUUCAAGGACAUAGAAUUUUCCCCUGUCUGCAGACUGCAAAGAAUGUAAGAGAAAAUUGAGAUUUUUAAAGAAUGUUAAUAACAAGUUAUUGAUAACUGUUAUUUAACUUAUAACUUCUUUAAAAACUUCAGUUUUCUCUUAUAUACAUUGUAGCCUAAGAUGGGAAAAAUCCCCGUCGUUGAAACAUCUCAGAACAAACUUAAAGUAAUGAAAAUUAAAAACUUGUUAAGUUUAAAAUUAUGUGAUUCUGAGUUAUUUGAAAAAAAAUUUUAAACUAAUGCCUGUCAAACAAUCUCUUGUCAAACUCAUCAAGUAUGAUUGAAUGUAAUGUUAUUUGACGAUUGCCUGUUUUUUUGGUUUGAAUUUUCCUUUAUUUUCAAUAAAUUGUUCUUUGCAAAUUUAUUCAACUUAUUUUAUGGACACUCCUUUUAUUUAAGAAAUCAGGUGAUCUAACAACCUGCAACCUAUAUUAUGCUGCAACACUUAACCAUCUUGAAUAACUCGGAUGUGUCCUAGGCCCUUAAAGCU